CAAAAUUAAACACAAAAACGUAUUAAUGCAGUUUAUACGUUUAUAACAAAAAAUGCUAUUAUAUGCAAGUCAUUUUAGUGUCAACAUAAUAAGCAAUGUACAUUAUGCGUCAAUAUUUACCGAUAAUUGCUGCAAUAAUAGCUGCUGCUCUCUGCCCCGCUUAAAAUCAUUGGCAACGCAAUUUGUUUGGAACUAUUGAGAGCUACACGAAUCACGUGACCGCGCGGCGGCGAGAUCACUGUCGCAACCGUCUAUGUUCGCAACUCUCAUAUUUAACGGCUCUGGGGUGCGUAACUUGCUGCUCCACUACCGUAGUACGAUGCACUGUUGAAGAAAUCAACUUGCUAGUCACGACUGUUUCCCGAAACCGUAUUGUCGCAAAUUGGUUGUUCAACCACGUUGGUUAAUGAUGUCACACAUGUGGUGGAGUAAAAACUACUUUUAAUGAAUCUGUUUGCGAUCGAAUUAAUGCUAGAUGUUUUGCUAUAAAUUACGGACAUGUCAUCUGAGGACUAUCUCAUAUUUUUCUCAGUUAUUUGCUUUAUUUCCAGAUUCAAUCAUAGGCUCGUUCUUACGCACUAGAGCACGUUCACACAUGCGCACUCUUCAAAAACGGUGCUUUAAAUCUAUUGACAAACUAAAAGACAUAAAGGACAUUUGUAUGUCUUCUAAAUAAAAGAUACUGAUUGUACUGAAUGUCGUCUUGCUUAUUUGGCUCAAGAUAAUAAUUUAUUAAGCCCACAUGUUAUAAUAACAAGAAACUCUGCUUCUAACCACAGGUCGAGUGUCGUUUCAACCACACAACUCUGCGAUGCUGUUUGCGAAUGUUCGUUGGAAUGAUGGUUUCGGGAAACACCGACUCGUUGAACUAUGAUGAUAACGACGGAACUUGCUACCAUAGUAAGCUAACGAUGCUUUUGGGAAACGCACCCCUGGUUCGCGCUUAGUAGAUGCCGCCAAGGCAAGUUCAAAUCAAAGCGCGCGCGCUGUACUGUGAUUGGUGGCUCGUUUGACCAGUUACGUUUUUAUCCACUCAUAAAUAAAAAGGAACGACUGAUUUUGAAAAUGUAGUAGAGUAAAAAGUAAGAUAUUUGACUUUGAAAUGUAGUGGAGUUAAAGUAAAAGUCUCCCCAAAUUUAAAUACUUCAGUAAAGUACAGAUACGCAAAAAAGCUACUUAAGUACAGUAACGAAUUACAUUUACUCCGUUACUGUCCACCACUGGAAACGAGUGAUAAAGACUUAAAAUUAGAACAAAACGAAUAGUACAGAAGAACAAAUUAUCGUGCAGUAACUUAUAUAAUCAACUUAUAUCGCUUGUCCGAGCGACAUCACUUAUAACAGUAACAUAAAACAAGCCUUUAAAAAGUCCGUAACACACUAUGUGCACUGCAACCAGCAACUUUAAGCAUUACUGUAGUCUUUAGACUAAAGGGAAAACCUUGAGAACCAUCACGUGUUUGAGAAAAAAAAAAAAGAAGGAUAUUAAAGACAAACGGAUUCAUAUCUUCAUUUCUCCUUCACCGUGAAUAAAUGCACGAGCUCCCGCGAAAAAGGCUGUUUUCCCUGCAUCCCGAGCCUGUUUCACCAAUGGCCACAGCUUUGAGCGCCUCUCACGAUCACCUUUUGAGAAGUCUUCCUUGAAGAGAAGUCCAUUAGCUUGGAGAAAGGCAGAAGACUUAGCCCGCUUCCAGAUUUCAUUUCUUAUCACUCGCGAUGUAAACUGAAGAAUAAUGGGUCGUGGACGGGAGUCAGCUCUUCUUGCCCAGUCGAUGUGCGAUGUCAAUCGUUUCCGAGAGCCGCCCUGAAUCUUCCGUUGGUUUAGUUGUGAAAGUGCUUCAGUUAGCAGACGGUCACAGAUGGGACUGGAGGUCACAAACCUUCUCCAGACAAACAGAAGCUGCAGAGACUCGGAUCAGAUCUGACAGGAUGGAGAAACUUCAUCUGAUCUCUGAAGAAUGCAGAAACAGACCCAUGUGUUCAGUCCCGCCACACCGACAGCUGCAUGAAUGUGUGUUACUGCGUCAAUAUGCUGAAAACAUGGACGAGGAGGAAGGAAUCAAAAUGCCGCAGUCUGAUGCUUUAAUGUCACUGGAUGCUGAGGUGGAUAUUUCUGCCAGGAGAAGAAAACCAACUCUCAUCCGAUCGAAGACAUUAGAUCCUUCUCUCUUUCUGCAAGUCCAGAGUGACUCUGAAUCCAAGUGUGAACGCAGGAAACCGCAGACGGGACAGUUUCUGCGAACAAAUUCCCAGUACCACAAAGUUUUUAAAGACAUAAGUGAAGAGGAACAGCUGAGACAGAGUUACACGUGUGCCUUACAGAAAGAUAUUCUGUAUCAAGGGAGACUCUUUGUGUCUGAUAACUGGAUUUGUUUCCAUUCCAAAGUUUUUGGAAAAGACAUCAAGAUUGUGAUUCCAGUUUCCUCCGUGACAGUCAUCAAGAAAACCAAAACUGCCAUCUUGGUGCCGAAUGCGCUGGAUAUUUCGACAUCACACGAGCGGCAUGUGUUCGUCUCAUUUCUGUCUCGGGACACCACAUACAAGGUGUUGGUGUCAGUUUGCCCUCACUUGGUUGAGGACUGUCCUGGGAUCAGUCAGAUUCAAUGCCAGAGCAGCUCGACAGGACAGCAGACGUCUCUUCCCACUGAUCUCGCCGUGGAUCUGUCUGAUGUAGAUGCUCCAGUCACACAGACGGAUCCGCACAUGGACGACAGCAGCAGCUCCGACUGUCCAGAGUCUCCAGAUUUUGAGGAAACCCCCAAAUUCCCCAAACGUCUGCAAAUGGUCACGGACAAAUCGAAACCAGACACUGAACUGGAUUCUCACCCACAACAUCAAACUGACGCUUCAACACACCUGCAGUACAAUGGGUCUUCAGAGGAAACACUGAGACCGGUUUCACUGUCGUUGAACACUCUUGUGCUGGUCUAUCUGAGUCUCAUCUGUAUCCUGAUGUUGUCGUCGUGUUACAUGGCGUUUAAGAUCGUGUCUCUGGAGGAACGCCUGACAUCUCUCGUCUCCAUGGAGUUUCCUCAUAAAGGAGAUGAAUCUGAAUCUCCAGCAGAGAUCUGCUCAGUGCUCUCUCUGAACCUCCUGAAGUUAGAAAAGAUCCACAGAAGUCUGCAGAGACUGCUGCAAUCUGUAUCGCACGAGUGACGGAUCAUUCUGAUGUCAUGGAAGAUGAAGGAAUCUUCCGCAGAUGUUAAAAACAUCCCAAUAUUCAUCACGAUUCGUCACAAUAUGAAUCUGCUGUUUGUGAUUCAGAAGAUGUUUAAACUAAACUCUGAUGUUUAUAAGAUGAGUUAUAUGUGUAAGAUGUGUGUUAGUGCUCAAGUGAGCUGCUGGCGGGCCAGAACCGGGCCUGAUGAUGUGUGUGAGGAAAACCAACAUGACCACGACAAACUUCUGUCAUGAAGAUCUUCGUAUAAGAAUGAAAUAUAUUUUCUUAAUCUUCUGUGCUGUGAAACACAAUGUUCUUUCUUGUGUGCUGCUCUGUGAAGGAUCUCUUUCAGCUCAGAGUCGGUGUGUGAAAGAGAGUGUUGUGUUCGAUGCUAAUGCGACUGAACGUUAUCUCUCGUCUCCACAGAAAACUAUUGUUUCUGCCUCAACUGGAAUGACUUGGAGUGCUGGGGAGUUUUCAUGUUUUGUUUUCAGCUUUUAAACGUCCUGACAGUGUCUGAAAGUCAUCCAUAACACUUUACAACGAGCGUCCAUUUGUUGAAGUACAUAAACAAUACUUUUAUUAAUCAAUGUUCAUUUCAUACUAAUACAUUUUACAUUUAAAAGUUGUAUAUGUUAACAUUGAAUAAUGAAAUAUCAACAAACAUGAACUAACAAUGAGUAAAUGUGCUAUUAUCAAUUAAUACUAAAACCAAGAUGAAUAAA